CACGAUGCCCGACGCCUUCUUCGCAUCCUCAAAAACACGAAAACGAAAGCGCGUAGGCGCAGACUCUGCCCAAGGUAGCGCCAAAGUCGCUCUGCGCAAGUCCAAGGGCAAAUUCUCCGGCCCUUCGUCUUCAAAGGCCAAUGAUGAAGAACUGUCGAGUGAUGAUGAAGCUCAAGGCGCGGGUGCGAUUGACGACCUCGAUCUCACAAGGGAUGACGAGCCCAUGGAUAGCGGGGACGAGCUUGAGGACGAGACGCCUGCCCAGAAACGGCUAAGACUUGCGAAGCUCUAUCUCGACGGUGUCAGAGAAAAUCUUGCUGGCGACGAGUUCGACGCCGCCGAGAUUGACCGGGAACUCAUCUCCUCCCGAUUACGCGAAGAUGUCCUCGAGCACAAGGGCAAGAUGCACGUCUUCAUCGCCGACUCGAUUGACCUCACCUCACCUCCAAUCCUACGCAUCCGCCUCCCAAAACCCGUAACCGCCGCCGUCGCCACGCCCGACGCCCACACCCUCUUCGCCGCGUCUAAAGACGGGCACAUCACCCGCUGGGACAUAUCCACCCCCACCCCGCACCGCGCCGCGACGUUCCACAAAACGCGCCCGGACCACUUCUCCUCUGCAUCCUCCAGCUCGUCAAAAUCCAUGCCCCACUCCAAAGCCAACUCCAAAACCAAAGCCAAGGGCAAGGAGAAAGGCAAAGGCAAAGGCAACUCCGCCGCCGCCCAACAUCUCCCAGGGCACACCGCCCCCGUCCUCGCGCUCGCUCUAAGCUCCGACGGCCGGCUGCUCGCGAGCGGCGGCGCGGACGGCGUCGUCGGCCUGUGGGACGCGCAGCGCGACGAGUGGGUACGCGCGCUGCGGGGCCACAGGGACGCGGUCGCGGGCGUGGCGUGGCGGUAUGGUGCGCAUACGCUGUUUAGCGCGAGCGCGGAUCGGACGGUGAAGGUGUUUGAUUGUACGCCGAGUGUGCUGGGGGCGUCGAAAGAGGACGACGGGGAGGGGAAGGAAGGCAAGGAGAAGGAGAAGGGCAAGGGGGGUGGGCAGUGGCAACAGCCGUUUAUUACGGUGCACCCGCCCCCGCCUUCCUUGCUACCGCAGGUCAACGGGGCGUCGAGGGAGAAGGAGAGGGCAAAGCCGCCCGCGCUCGAUCCGGCCCCGAUGGGCUACAUCGAGACGUUGUUCGGGCAUCAGGACGCGAUACUCGGCGUUGCGGCGCUGCGCAACGAGGCCGCCGUUACCGCCGGAGCGAGGGACCGCACCGUGCGCUUCUGGAAGAUCGCGGAGGAGAGCCAGCUCGUGUUCCGUGGUGGCGGGGCUGGGAAGAUCCGCGAAGCUAUCGAGGGCGGGGGUGGGGAAGGCGAUGAGGAGGAGGGCGAGUGGGGCGGUGUCGACGACGAGAGCGGGAAGAAGGAGAAAAAGAAGGAGAAGGGCAAGGAGCGGGAGCUGAGGUUCGUGGAGGGGAGUAUGGAGUGCGUCGCGAUGAUCGACGAGGCGACGUUCAUCAGUGGAGGCGAUACGGGCUCGAUCCACCUCUGGUCCACACAAAAAAAGAAGCCCGUCUUCACACAGCCCGUCGCGCACGGGUACGACCCCGCCCCGCUCCCGUCCUCCCCUUCCUCUCUCAACCCAUCCCUCCCUUCGCACCCGCCAAUAUCCACCUCCACCCCCGCCCUUCCCGCAGAGGACGCGCAGCAGCCCCUCGGCCCGCCGCGCCCGCGGUGGAUAACGGCGCUCGCUGCGCUGCGCUACGCGGACCUGUUCGCGUCCGCGUCGUGGGACGGCAGCGUGCGCCUGUGGCGCGUCGAGAUGUCCGGGCAGCCCGGGGGGCGGAAUACGGGCGCGAGGGCGUUUUAUAGCGUGGGGAGGGUGGAUGUGCCGGGGGUGGUGAACUCGUUGCAGCUGGUUGUGCCGAGUGGUGGUGGUGGGGUGUUGCCUUGGGCGGCGAGGCAGGCGGUGGCGGGUGGGGGUGAGGGCGUGAAUGGGGUUGGUGAGGGCGGUGAUGAUGGGGAUGAAGGCGAGGAAGGGAUGCAGGUGGAUGGGAAAGAGACGGCGGGCGGGAAGAAGGGAGGGAAGGACGAGGUCCCGGCAGCGCUGCUCGUAGCGGGUGUGGGGCGGGAGCACCGCAUGGGCCGGUGGGUGAAGGUCACGGGCGGGGGCGCGGCGAACGGGGUGGUUGUCAUUGCGCUGCAUAAAAAAUCGUAGUGCUAGUUGUUUGC